AUGGUGGCAGACACGAAACCUGCUCUGCAGGUGAUUGUAUUGGGCUCUGGAGGUGGUCCUCAAGAAUCAAAUACAACGGCCUUCUUGGUUCGCUCUGUUGGUGCGAAAUGGCAUCGUGGGUCAAUCAUUGCUGUUGAUGCUGGCGUUCAUCUUUCUGCUAUUACACGUAUUAUGGAAGAAUCGAUACCGUCACCACCGCCGCCUCCUCCUUUCACACUCACCACAGGUCCUUUUGCAGGCCUUGAGCUUCCUUACUCUUCAGCCUCUGCUAAUGCUGCUUUCGUCACACGACAUCUUGUUGACACAUAUCUCAUCACACACCCUCAUCUUGAUCACAUCUCAGGCUUCGUUGUCAACACAGCUGGCUUUCCAGGAACAAGGCCCAAGAAACUGGCUGCUUUGCCUGGUACAAUCCAGGCGUUCAAGAAACACAUCUUCAACAACGUUAUAUGGCCUAACCUCAGUGAUGAGAACAACGGAGCGGGUCUAGUGACUUACAUGAGACUGGUUGAAGGAGGAAGCCCUUCACUCGGCGACGGUGAGACUAGAGGUUAUAUCGAAGUCGCUGAUGGACUCCUCGUGAAGACAUGGAGUGUGAGCCACGGUCAUUGUCUCGAGAAGCACGAUCAUAGAGGAUCUACAUCAAGUGCUAGUACUCGCUUCGGUAGCCACGAUGCAUCCAUGCCCAUGUCCAUGGGCCAAGGCCCACCUGCCCGUUCAAAUUCCUACUAUCCAGGAGCCAUGCACCGAGGUUCGGUCCUACUCUCCCAAGGUUUUGGUUCUAUCUCCAUGGGUGGUCCGCCCGAACAGGAGCGCAUGUGCGUCGUCGAUUCGAGCGCAUACUUCAUCCAGGAUCCCAUAACCAACCGCGAAGUCCUGAUUUUCGGAGACGUUGAGCCCGACAGCUUAUCAUUAAGUCCAAGGAACUCGCAGAUCUGGCAAGAGGCGGCACCAAAGAUUGCUUCAGGAAACCUUAAGGCUAUCUUUAUCGAAUGUAGUCAUGAUGACUCGGAAAUCAACGACCGCCUAUAUGGCCAUCUGAAGCCCCAGUUCGUCAUAGAGGAACUACGUGCGCUUGCCAGCCAAGUUGAACACUUUCGCACCUUGCGCUAUAACGAAUCUAAGAAGCGCAAGCGUAUGGGUAGCAACGCUGAUGAGGCUCCUCGACGGAAUCCCUCGCUUGCCAACUUCACAUCUGAAGACCCUGUGUCUCCCAAGACACUCAAGGCUUCAACACCAGACUAUAUGCCCCCGGGUCCUGAUACGCCUCCGACACCACACCUCGCUACACCGACAGCAGAGUUGACACUCAACCAGUCUGACUCGAUCACAUCCGUACCUGUGACUAGGAAACCCCUCGAGGGCCUACAAGUCGUCAUCAUCCAUGUCAAAGACCACUUGACCGACGGUCCUGACAGGGGCGAGGUGAUAUUGGAGCAACUACACGAUUACGAGAGCGAGGUACAAUUAGGGUGCGAAUUUGUCAUUUCUAAGCCUGGAAAAAGCUUCUAUCUUUGA